AUGGCAUUUAGUUCAGUCUUUUCGGACCCUCUAUCUCGGAGCAUCUUCAAGAAAAUCGUGGUCAUGCUGUGCUCCUUGCUUAUUUCGCUGUACUUUCUCUACUGCCUCAUCGACUGCCGCACCAUGCCUAGCCCUGUCAAGGCAACGGAUGAGGACCUUGGGUACCUGGCUUCAGACUUCAAACAGGGGCAGUCGGUUCGGAGAAAGAGACUUGUACAAAAAAUAAUGAGGAAGCCGGAGCAAGGUAUGGCAGGACGCAAUUACUAUUUUAACAGGGGUUUUACUAGAACUAAUAAUAUCAACAGAUUCCCCGCUGAUGGAAAAGAAGAAGCCGACCAACAUCACUUUAGAUCUGCCCCGCGUAUGGACUCUUCCACGAACUUUGACGCGUUUGCAGGGAGGCUGAUUCUGGCUGGAGGUACAGGGAGCAACUCUGGCAUCGGUAAGAUCAGUCUUCUGGGUGAAGGGACCAAGAAGCUUCCCCAGGCGCUCAUCAUCGGGGUGAAGAAGGGAGGCACCAGGGCUCUGCUCGAGUUUAUCCGGGUGCACCCUGACAUCAGAGCCGUGGGAGCCGAGCCGCACUUCUUUGAUAGAAACUACAACAACGGGCUGGACUGGUACAGAGACCUGAUGCCGAAAACCCUGGACGGCCAGAUCACCAUGGAGAAGACCCCCAGCUACUUUGUAACCAGCGAGGCCCCGGCCCGGAUCAGUGCAAUGUCCCGGGACACCAAGCUGAUCGUGGUGGUUCGGGACCCUGUCACUAGAGCCAUCUCCGACUACACGCAGACUUUAUCCAAAAAGCCAGACAUUCCCACCUUCGAGAGCCUGACCUUCAGAAACAGGACUACGGGGCUCAUUGACACUUCCUGGAGCGCCAUCCAGAUCGGUAUCUACGCCAAGCACCUGGAGAACUGGCUCCAGUACUUCCCCAUGAGCCACAUCCUCUUCGUGAGCGGGGAGCGGCUGAUCAGCGACCCGGCCGGAGAGCUGGGAAGGGUCCAGGACUUCCUGGGCCUCAAAAGAAUCAUCACGGACAAACACUUCUACUUUAACCAGACCAAGGGCUUCCCGUGCUUGAAGAAGGCGGAGGGCAGCAGCAAGCCCCACUGCCUGGGCAAAACGAAAGGCAGGACCCAUCCCAACAUAAACCCAGAGGUGGUGCAGAGGCUCAGGGACUUCUACAGGCCUUUUAACAUGAAGUUCUACCAGAUGACCAGCCACUUGUUUGGGUGGGAUGACUAAACGGACAAUUUAAACGCCAGCAUAGACAAUUAGGAUAUAUGGGAUGUAAUGGAACACUAUUUGAUGGUAUCAAUGCUGGGGUUACAAUACUUAGUUCCCUUGGGAUGUGUUGGUUUCUAAUUGGUUUCCCUUAGCUGAGCCAGGGAUAUUAAGAUUAGAUCAAAAUACAGUUGAUCUUCCACAGAAGCAAUGUUUUCAGACAGAGAUUACCAAAAUAACUAAAUAGCCUUGGAAACUACUACAGGACAUAAUAUGAAGCAUUAUUCUCAAAACAUAUAUGAAUAUAUUGCACUUACUGGUAUGCAAAUUCUGUACAGCCCUCAAUAAUAUAUAUUAUUUAGACUUUACAAGUGAAAGCUCAUGUAGAGUAAACUGGCUGAAACACUGGCCUUCAAAUUAUUUUGAGCUGAGCAAAGAUAAUACAAUAGUGCCAUUAAUACUAUACUGUUUUAAUAUAGUAUUUAUUCCAUGGUAAAC